GCAUCUUUCCCGGCUCUGCACUUACUGCCUUCGAUCUUUCCUCCACGGUGAACUCCUCGAGGAACUUGGUAGGGUUCGAGAAACAGAGAGAUAAGAGAGAGAAACUGUAGAUCGAUGAGAAAUAGUUGGUUCGGGUUUUGCUUGAAUUAGCGAGGGCGAGAGAUCGUGUAGGAGAGAGGGCUGUGGAGACAGAUGGACGGUAGAGGAGGGUGUUGCAUCGCCAGAUACGCCCCCGGCGGCGGUGGCGGCGGCGGCGGCGGCGGCGGCCCCUAUGACAUGUCCAAGGUGGACCGCAUAAUGCUGAGGUUCCGCCCCAUCGCGCCCAAGCCGGCGUGCGGGGGCUCCUCCUCCUCCGGCGGAUCUUCCCCCGAGGGCAAGGACACUCGCGUCCGGCCCGGCCGAGGCAGGAGACGGAAAGCGAGGAGCGGCAACGACGCCGCCACCGCCAAGCGCUCCUGCAGGAAGAGGAGGGCCUGCGGCAAGGAGAAGGCCGGAGACGCGUCGCCGCCUCGACAGAAGGUGACCCUGCCGCUGUUGCCGGAGAUGCCCGAGCGCAGAGUCGGUGGCGAUCUCGGGAACGUGAAGGCGGGCUUGGUGCAGGCUGCUGAUUAUUCCAGACGUGCCGCGGAUCCGGGCUUCUGCCGGGACAAGGCCGAAAGGGAAAUGCGGGACGUACCGAAGUGGCUUAGCUUCGACGAUAACGCCCCGAAUCCGGCGAGCGGAGGCCAUUUUGGCGCAACGAUCGCGGCGGCGGCGCCGCUGCUGCAGCCUUGGGGCAGACCGUCCCCGUGCGUGACGGUGGAGUGCGUGACGGACACGUUGGUGGACGGGAAGGCGCUAGGGCGCACCGACGGCGAGAGGAGGAGGAACCUGGAGCGGGAUACGUGCCCCGGGUUCACAUCGGACGGCCUGGGGAGGGUGACGUGGACCAACGGGGCGCUGCGGAAGAUGGUGGGGCGACAGGAGGAGGAGGAGGACUGCGGGGUGUGGCUGGCGGUGAGGGAGGAGGUCGGGGCGAGGGUGGGGAGGAUGAUGUGCGGGGCGUUCUCGUGUCGGGUGAGGAUGGAGUACACGCGCGGGAGGGAGAGGAGGGCGGUCACGCUGCCGUGCGACGUGUGGAGGAUGGACGGGGGAGGGUUUGCAUGGAGGCUGGACGUGGAGGCUGCGUUGCGGUUGGGACGAUGAUAACGAAAAAGGGUGAUCAGGAUGAGAUAAUAACCGAGUCUCAAACCUAAGACUCUUCAAAAAAACCACCCUGGGAAGAACUUAACCUAAACUGUGCAUGUGAAUACAGUUUGCUUUUUCUCAGCUUUUGUCCCUUGCACUCCUCUCUCUCUCUCUCUCUCUGGUUAUUUGGCCUUUUCCUGAGAAGCCGUUUUGGAGCGGGAAUGCCCUUUUAUGUAAGUACAUAUUAUUAUCUUUAACUCUGUAAGAUGUUCAAGCUUUAAGCAACUUUGAAUGUCCGAUCUGCUGGUUCUUGA